AUGUGCUUCAUUAGCACCGCCACGGGCCUCGCUCUAAUACUGUCGCUGCUGCCGGCGUGGGCAACAUGGGCGUUUACGGCUCCCAAUGGUGGACCGUUCACCCGCGACUUUUCCGCCUACGUCGAGCAAGUGAUGGACGAAUGGAAAGUUCCCGGUCUGGCAAUCGCGGUGAUUGAUGGCGACGACGUCUUCACACAGGCCUUUGGCUUCGCCGAGUUGCCCAAUAUCAAGGCAACGCCCGAAACGCUCUUCUUUGCGGGCUCGACGACAAAGGCCAUGACGGCCGCGGCGCUCUCGCACAUGAUUGACACCAAGAACCACUCGUCCCUCGCGGGGGCCGGAUGGGCCACGCCCAUAUCGUCGCUCAUCAGAGACGACUUCGUCGUGGCCGGCGACGAGUGGGCAACGGCGCACCUGACGCUCGACGACGCCGUCAGCCAUCGCACGGGCAUGGCGCCGCACGAAUACGCCUGGGCCCGUCGCUCCGAGAGAGGAGGCGAGCCGCUCACCAUUGCGGCCGUGGUCAGGCGGCUGCGCGGGCUCAAGCUCAGCGCGGAGCCGAGGACUACGUGGCAGUAUAGCCACCUGAUGUAUGUGGCCCUGAGCCACGUCAUUGAGACGCUGACGGGCAAAUGGCUCGGCGACCACCUUCGCGAGACGAUUUUCGGGCCGCUCAACAUGACGGCCACGUACUGCGAUACGCAGCAAGCCCUUGACGCGCCCCAAAGGCUCGCAUCGGGCUACCACUGGGACCAAGUCCGGCGGAGAUAUGGCCUUGUCGACUUUGACGACGUACGUCCCGGCAGCGGAGCCGGGUUCGUCAUCUCCAACGUCGUCGACUACGCCAAGUGGAUCAAGUGUCUGUUGCACGAGUCUGCGCCGUUUUCCCGGCAGACGCACGCCGACAUCAAGACGCCGAGAAUGAUUGCCGCCCGGGAGGCCAGGUCGGGCCCGGGAGAGACGCUCUACGGCCUCGGCUGGCAGCGCAAGGUGGCCCAUGGCGCCGCCGUCUACAUGCACGGCGGCACCGAAGUCGCAUACGCGACGCAGGUAUUUUGGCUCCCCGAGCAGGGGUACGGCGUCGUGGCCAUGGCCAACGUGGCGGCGCCGGGCAACGCUGCCGAGGAGACGAUUGCGUGGAGGCUGAUGGAGGACAAGCUGCGCGUCUCCAAGGAGGCCCGCUUCAACAUAAGCGAGCACAUGAGGGCUGCCGCCGAAAAGGAGGCCCGCGACAUGAGCAACGCCGUCGACAUGAUGUACCCGACGAGGCCCGACCCGCCUCUGCCGCCGCCGGUCCACGCGACGCAGCUGGUGGGCUCGUACUUUGACGAGGGCUACGGGGUGCUGGACAUUGAGGAAGCCAAAGGCAGGGGCAAGGGCAAGGGGGCGCUGGUGGCCCGGCGCGACGACAUGCUCUUCAUGUACACGCUGCGAUUCAAGCACGUCUCGGGCGGCUUCUGGUUGCUCGAGGUGUGGUACGACGACACGGACUCGAUGGCGGCGUUUUGGGGCGGCGAGUUUGUCGUGGGCGUCGACGGCAGCGUCGCCGGGCUGAUGGUGCAGCUCGGCGCCGUGCGAGGGGGGGGGCGUGUUUGGUUUGAGAGGAACCGCACCGUGCAAGCAGUCUCUCGGCGUACGCAGCAGUAG